CGGUGGCGCCAAGGCCGCAGCUGUCCGCCAUGGAGGCCGUGCUGGAGCAGGUGGAGCAGCUGCCUGCGCUCCUGGCCGUCUCCCGCUCCACGAUGGUGCGGGACUGGGACUCCCUAACCCUGGACAGGGCUCUAGAGUGGGCCCGGUACUUUCAGCACCUCCACGACCGCUUCCGUACCCGGCCUCGGCUCCGGGAGGCCCUGGGGCGGCGGCUGCGGCGGGGUCAGCCGAGUCAUCUGCUCGGCUUCCCCCACUUGGGACGUUGCCCGCAGCUGCUGGGCCUAGCGCUGCUGGAGAACCGUGCUCUGCCGCCCGCUGCCUGCCGCCGCCUGAUCCACAGCCUGCUGCAGCCUUCCGGCGCGGAGGCCGGCCCCGAGCCCUACAGCCUGGCGCUCCUCGCCCGCCGGAAGGCCGCCUCCCGCCUCCUGGCACUGCCCUGCGGCCUGCCGCGGCCUCCGAAGGAGCUGGAGCCGCAGGUGCAAGCGGAGGCGCAGCUGCUGCUGAGCCGGCUGCGGGAAGAAGGGCAGGAGACCGAGCUGGCCGCGGGGCAGCUGCGCUGGCUGUCGGGUGUCCUGGAGCAGCUCCCCCAGUCCCGGGCCUUUGAGGUGGUGGCGGGGGCGCUGCUGCUGCUGAGGCAGGGGAGUGGCGCUGAGCAGGCUGGAGGCGGGGGUCGGGAUAGUAACAGCCUGGACGGAAACCAGGCGAGCGGAGCAGGAGACGAAUGUGUUGCUGGGCCCCUGCUUUCCUGGCUGCUGGGCGACGCGGGGCGGUUUUCUGCCUUCUGCCUUUUCCUCCCAGGCUCCUGUCUUGCCUCCCUGGCUGGCCACUAUUCCCAGUUCAGCAGAUCUUAUUUGGAACUCUUAACUGGCUGGGGAAGCCACUUACUCUAUGACCCCUUGCAGGGACGGUGGGUUAAAAGUUGUCUUGACAAAGCUGAAUUGUCCUGGGAGGAACUGAGGGAGCGCUUCAGCUGCCUCUGUCGGGGAUCUGCACCACUCAGGGGACAGACCCAAGCUGCUCUGAAGCUCUUGAAGGCACAAGAUGGAGACUUUAAAGCCUGUGGCUUAAGCGUGUGGACUGACUUACUGGUGGAAAUAGAGGAGUAUCUGAGGAAAGAAGCAGAACGCUAAUGUGUGAAUGCAAAAGCAAUGUGAAACCUUUUGAAAUCCAGCAAAUUUGCUUCACUAUGUUUGAUGUGAAAUCUUGUCUUGGGUUGAAAACCAAGCAUUGAUGUGACUGCUGAGGACAGUGUUUCUGACUGCAUGCGAUGUCUAUCGGGAGGCCUGGUGCUUUCUUGUAAUUACACUGUUAAUUCAGGUCACAGCAGGAAAUGUCUUCCUUUUUGGUACUUGUU